CAGAUUAUUGAUUCGUUAUUACUCCGGCUGCUUAAACCAGUCGAUGGCGAUCGACUUUUUUUUGCUAUGGGGGACGGGAAGGUAUCGAGAUUCUCGAUCCUUGAAUUUGCCAUCAUUACAGGCUUGAGUUGUAUUGGAGAAGAAGCGAGAGCCCGUAUUAUACCAAAUAAAAGAUUAUUGUAUUUAUAUUUUGGAGGUAAAGGGCCGGUUACACCACCACAGUUUGAUGAUACAUUUAGGAGAUGCGAUCACAUGUUAGAUAAGCUGAAGCUAGGAUUGGUGUAUAUACAGGAGAGUAUAUUGAGCUGUCGACAUCGUAGGACGUCGAUUGACAUUUUUUCAUUGGAUGUUAUUGAUAAUAUCGAUGCUUUCAACAGCUUUCCAUGGGUUGAGAUGUUACACCGAUACUCUCCACGUAUUCAGGAGGAUACAUACUAUGCCAAAAUCGGAGAGGGGCGACCGCAAAUAUGAUGUAUAUGGCUUUUGCAUGGCUUUGCAGUUGUGGGCAUAUGAAGCUAUCCCUGCUUUGGGUAGCAAAUGGGCGAUCAGAAGGGAGACUAGCUACCUACGAAUGCUUCAUUGGCGAGCACAUGAGAAGCCAUCGGCUAAAGAUUUGACAGCUAUCCUCGACGAUCCUCAGCUCGAGGUUCAUGCCGAGUUGGUUGUUUCAAUGGAAGAGGAGGAUCAAAUAUAUGUACGUGAAUUACAUGUUCGAUCUAUUGAAAAUGAUCCAGUGUUUGAGUCCGUUCCGGAUAGAAAUAGGGUACGUUUAUUUAAGAUCAUUAUUUAUUCUGAUUUAUAAUAUUCAUAUGUGAAUUAUUAAUAUUAAUUGUCUUCUCUGUGUAGGAGCAUCAUCCAGUAGAACGACGAGCACUUCCACGUAGGAGAUCUCCUUCACCUCCACCGAUGAGAUCUCCGUCGCCUCCACCGGUGAGAUCACCUCUACCGCCAUUAUCACAUUCUCCGAGGAGAUCUCCGUCUCCCGCACCCGCCCACCUUCCACGUGGAUCACCUGCACCCAGUCAGACCCAUCAUUCAGAUAAUUUCUUUGCACGCAUGACUGGUAUUAUUAGAGAGGAGUUGGGAACGAUGCGACAUGAUUU